AUGGGCUUUUUGGAUGCCUACACUCCAAUCCCUUUCGAGGAGGCUAGGAAGACGCAUGAGGUGGUGAAGAGCUCUGCGAUAGAGCAACUACUGAAUAACUGGCAGCGUUCUCGGAAUUGGACGAAGCCACUAUGUAGGCUGAAAUGGGGAGACGAGAUGGAAUAUAUGCUCAUCCAAAUGGAGAAGGGAAAGCCUCCCAAACCUUACUGUCAUGCUGAUAAGCUGAUAUCCAUCCUCCGGAAGGGUGACGGCGACAUCUGGCGACCUGAGUACGCCUCUUAUAUGAUCGAGGCAGUCUCGGACCCCCCGAUGGAUCUCGUUCAACCCGAUUUUUCCGCCAGGGUUUUCGACAGCCUUCGUACACGUCGUAAACUGAUCAAAGAGGUUUUACCCGAAGAUGUUGAGCUCGCGAGCAUCGCUGCCUUCCCUACGAUGGGAGCUUCCUAUACACACGAUGGGGAGGCUCUCGGAGGCCCGGCUUCGAGAAGCAUAAUGGUGCCAGAGAGCGUCAUAACCAAUCAUGCCAGAUUCCAAACACUUACGCGGAGCGUUAGGAAACGCAAAGGAGCCAAGGUGUGCAUCUCGGCUCCACUGUAUAAAGACAAAAAUACUCCCACCUGGGGUACCAUUGACUGUGAUCCGGAACUUUCGGCAUGGGAAGUGCAGCAAAAUGCUGCUACUGACGAGAUGAAUCCACUGAAGGGAAGGAUUUACAUGGACGCCACGGUCUUCGGCUUCGGUCAGAGCUGCCUACAGAUGACUUUCGAAUCCGCAAGUCUGGAUGCGGCCAGGGCCCUUCAUGACCAGUUUUGUGUCGUUUCUCCGCUUUUUAUGGCGUUGGCAGCGGCAGCGCCGUUCCAGCGAGGCUUAGUAUCGGAUUACGAUGUUCGGUAUCAGCUGCUCAACCAGUGUGUCGAUGAUCGAACUCUUGCGGAGGCGACUCGAGGGAGCGCUGUGUACAGACAACAAGGGCGCAUGCCAGAAGUCAUCCACAGAUACGUCAGUCAGUGUGCUCAAGCAGUUAAGAUGUCAGACCUGCCCGUGGAGCACCGUUCCGAUCAGAAACUGAGGCUCAUCCAAGGCGGUAUGGAUGAGCCUCUGGCUGAUUACAUGGCAUACUGCUUCUACAGAGACCCGAUGAUCAUCUUCAAAGAGAGGGUAGAUCUGGACAAUUCUGUCUCGACUGAGCAUUUUGAGGGCAUGUAUUCGACGUUGUGGCCAAUCGUGCGGCUGAAACCGCCACCGCCGGCCCAGGAGAACAUUCAUUGGCGAGUUGAGCUAAGGACGCCUGACGUUCAACUCAGUGAUUUUGAGAAUGCGGCGUUUGUUACUGUGGCGGCUCUGCUCGCCAGAGCUAUNNNNUCAUCGAGAGGGUUAUCCACAACCACCCGUCCCACUCGCUCCAGACUCACCAAUAGGUGCAUCAUUCUGCUUCGUCUGAGACUACUGUCGGGAAGCUUCGUGCCGAGGCUCAGCGAGCCCGUCCCCACGAAGAGAACAGACGCAAGGAUCACCAUCAGCACACGCCCUGAGUGUUGCAGAGACAAGAACAUCAAGACACUCCCUUGUGCUGAGUGA